AUGGGAAAGCAAAAGAAACAACAGUACAAUUUACUUGGUAAUAAUUCGGUAAAGAUACGGCGCGUUGAUGAAGCAUUUGAACCGUACCGACAGGCUUUCAUCCAUGGCGAUAUACAGCAACAGAGUUAUAUAAUCAACGAGUUUGUGUCGAGUUUAGUAGCAGCCGAGUAUGCCAAAUUAGUCGAAGAACGGGGGUAUUGUAUGGAGAAAUGCUUACCAAUCGAAGAGAUAUUUACAUGCAAGUUGUGUCGAGAGCUAUUGCAUGUUCCUGUCACGUUAGUAUGCGGGCAUACAUUUUGUUUGGAAUGUUUAGGAAACUAUGAGCGCGAAGGUCGGACAAUGUGCCCAGGUUGUGGACAAGAGUCAAAUCUUCACUACACAUCAAACAUCGUUGUACGAGAACUAUCGCGAAUAUGGCUCCCCGAGAAAACCUACAUACGAAAUUGUAUCGUCGAAGCCAAUAACCUACUCCGCGAGAUAAAAAUGGAAGAAUUUAUGGAGCUAACAAAAAAUCUCUUGACAAAAUACCCAGAAAACAUUGAUCUCUUGCACUUACGUGCGAACGG